AUGGACUCCAUUGUAUCAUUUGUGUGGAGAAUUAUUGUGUACUUGGGUCUUUUGCGCAACUUGAUUACUCUUUUCAACAUGUCGGGAUUAACCUAUGCAAAUCAUCCGUCAAUACUUACAGCAGAUAACCGCAUCGAAGAAAACUCCAAUAGGCCAAUUCUAAGGGCAGAUGGUCAGAAUGAUAUCUUUUCAAUAGAUUACGAGUUUCAACAGAAAAUUAAGACACAGUAUGAGAUAGCCAUAAGAUAUUAUCUUAAUCGAAGUUUUGUAAGUGCAUGGAAGAUCGUCCAUCCAUUAAUUCACCAAAUUAUGGCAUCCAGCAUUAAGAAUAGAAGUGGCAGUAAUGGAGAAUCUUUGGACAAGUUGCUCACCAUUAAGUGUUUCAAGCUAUACUUGACAUUGGUAGAUCUUUUGUUGAAAAGCUUAGAUCCUGAAGGUACGCAAACAAAGACAGAUUUCAACAAUUACAUUCAUGAAGAAGCCGGCCAGAUUGAAGCAGAGGCCAUACAUGAAAAGUUUAUGCGUGGAAUACUGUUGAAGCAGAUCACGCAGAUUUAUAAUGGCGUCAUUGCUGAUGUGGAUGCUGAAUUAUUCCUAAUGUGCUGUGUUAUUGAAUUUUCCAACGGUUUCCCCUUACAGCAACUUCGCAGUCAGAUGGAGGGGUACUUGAUUGCAGUUAAUAUUCUUCAUGGCACUGAUUAUGAUAUUUUUAGGGCCCUUAAGGAUCAUCGCAAGGAAAAUGUGCUCAAGUUCUAUCUCAUGCAGGUCAUGGUCAAAGCGGAAAAUGUGCACGAGUCCCGUGAUUUAAUAUGUCGGAUAUUUGUUACGAAUGAGGAUAAACUCAAGGAAUAUAUGUCUCUUUUUGAAACUGCUGUUGCAAAAUCCAAGGAAGAUGCAAGAAAAAACUCAAAUAGUGUGAAGAAAGCUUCUCGGAAAAAACAUAAAUCUAUUCAAUCUUCACAAGAUGCAAAUAAAACUGGCCUUGCGAGCAAUUCAACUAAGCAAGAACCUGAAAAUGAGCAGCACAUAACCGAAUUGAAUAGCAGUGUCCCGCAGAAUGUUUCAAGGAAGCAUUUCUUACAGCAGUUUCCGGCAUAUAAAUCAUUUAAAGACUGCGUUAUUAGAGGAUGGAGAAUGCUUCAAUGUCAGCCGAUGUCGACUACUUUAAGAUUGUCCGGUUUCGUAAUCUUUAUUUUAACUCUUUUACUUUCAAUUACUAGGGCAAAAAGCAGGCAGCGUAUUCGCCGAAUGAUUUUGUGGCUGAUUACGCACCUCAGAAAUACACUAGGUAUGGCUUUUAAAGUUACAUAUGUUUGA